AUGUGGGAACUGCGCUCAGCCUCCUUCUGGAGGGCCAUAUUCGCCGAAUUCUUUGCCACCCUCUUCUAUGUCUUUUUUGGGCUGGGCGCCUCACUGCGCUGGGCCCCCGGACCCCUCCAUGUCUUACAGGUGGCUUUGGCCUUUGGCCUGGCCCUGGCUACGCUGGUGCAAGCUGUGGGCCACAUCAGUGGAGCCCACGUCAACCCAGCAGUCACUUUUGCUUUCCUUGUGGGCUCCCAGAUGUCCCUGCUCCGGGCCAUCUGCUAUAUGGCAGCCCAGCUCCUGGGGGCUGUGGCUGGGGCCGCUGUGCUGUACAGUGUUACCCCAGCUGCCGUCCGAGGAAACCUAGCACUCAAUACGCUGCAUCCUGGGGUGAGCUUGGGCCAGGCUACCACGGUGGAGAUCUUCCUGACGCUCCAGUUCGUGCUCUGCAUCUUUGCCACAUACGACGAGAGGCGGAAUGGCCGCCUGGGCUCUGUGGCCCUGGCCGUUGGCUUCUCCCUCACCCUGGGGCACCUCUUUGGGAUGUAUUAUACCGGCGCAGGCAUGAACCCUGCCCGCUCCUUUGCUCCUGCCAUUCUUACCCGGAACUUCACCAACCACUGGGUGUACUGGGUGGGCCCAAUCAUUGGAGGGGGUCUGGCCAGCCUCCUCUACGACUUUCUCCUCUUCCCCCGGCUCAAGAGUGUUUCUGAGAGACUGUCUAUCCUCAAGGGUGCCAGGCCCAGUGACUCCAAUGGACAACCGGAGGGCACAGGGGAGCCUGUUGAACUGAAGACCCAGGCCCUGUAAAAGUUCCAGCUGCAGAGAGGGAGUAGAGAGCUGCUGGGUUUAUGUGGAGGGGCUGAGCCCACCUCUAGAUGAAGAAAGAGACUGUGGGA